AUGAUAGCGAUAGAGGAAGAGGGUGUAGCAGAGCCUCAUUGUAUUAUGCAGCCAACAUCAACAAAGUCUACAGCAGUGGAGGAAACACUUGCAGGUUACACCAAGUCGAGUUCAGGGAAGCACUUUAACCAAAGCUUGAGAGCAAGUCAGAGAACAACACUUGUGGAGAUCUUAGUGAAAAUGUUAAAGUGCAACGUAGAGGACAUGUACCGGAGUCAAGCUGGAAAAUGCUGCAAUCGUUGCCCACCAGGGAGCUUUGUGGCAGCCGACUGCGAUCACAACAACAAGACUUGGUGUGAAGUCUGCAGACAGGGGCUCUACACAGCCACCAAAAAUCACCUCCGUCAGUGCCGUGUGUGCAGGUCGUGUAGUGCCAGUAACAACCAGAUUACGCAGAAAGAAUGCGCUCCCAACAAGGACACCGUGUGCAAGUGUGCAUCAGGCUACUUCUGCAGUGGUGAUACCUGCGACCACUGCAUGCUGGGUACCUCCUGUCCUUUAGGUUCAGGGGUUAAGGUUGAACGUAAGACUCUUUUAAACAUGUCGAGCGGGGCAAACGAUACGAUCUGCACUCCGUGUGUAAAUGGAACGUACAGCAACGUUUCUGACUCCUACUCGGCUUGCCAAACACACACCAGAUGUGAGGACUUGGGUCGAGUGUUAAGAACUGCAGGAACCUCCACCAGUGAUGCCAUCUGUGGGGAGUUCAAAUCUGGGUGCCCAUGGAUUUUACCUGCUGGCUUAUGGCUGGGCUUCGUGCUGACCUUACUCAUUGUUUUACUACUGAUGUGCUGGAUGACCAAACGCAAAUCACACAAAAUGAGCAGAUCAAAUGCUGCCAUUCAUGAUGUGAGGAACACACCUGAGGGCCUGCCGGAACCUCCUCCACCGACUCCCAAAAUUUUUGAUCAGGAUCAAAAGAGCGACUUCACACAGGCCUGCCAAUUUACGCUGCUCAACAUGGACAAAUGCGCUGAGAUCUGCAGCAGAGAUCACAACGAGGAUCUACCUCUGGCUCUCAAGACAAACUCCUGGGACCACCACAAUGGGACGGAAGCGUACCACAGGAGCCAUUCUGAGCCGCAGGAGGACGAGUGGUGUGGAACAUGA